AUGAGUGGCGUACAUCGCACUUAUCGGUUACGGUCGAACUCAGUUCCGAGUCGAAGUCGAUGGUCCACACCACGACCGGAAUUCACUUUUGUCUUAAAUCGGCCGUGGACGCCCGGAAAUAAGGAGGUAGAUCGUCUUGGAGGACUAUGUGAUAUCAAUAUUUUGGACGUUCUCAAGGUGGAAGACCUAGAGAAAUUUCGAGAUGAACUUGAAAAGGCAUCAGAAAACGGCAACUUCGACAUGGCUGCCUUUCGAGACUUUAUGAUGAGCUGGCCUGUGAAGGCAAACAGUUGGCAGGACGGAUUGCUCACAACAUGGACACGGGACCUCCAGCUACUGAAAAAAUCUUCAUUAAAAAGCUCUCUACAGUCGCAACCUUGUGGAAAAAAGUGGUAUACGGAUUUCAUGUACCUAAAUGAUAUGAAUAAAAUGGUCGCCACUACUGGGGACAGGGAGUUGGAGUUUUUCGAACUUUCCACAUGCCAGUUCUACUUCCGAAUCAACGAAUUGGACACUGUGCCAAUGUGCCUCUCGUAUGGAAAGUUGCCAAAUUCGGAUCAGCAUGCUAUUGUUUGGGGCGACUCUAAUGGAAACGUCAGCAUUCUUCUGCUUAGAGAUUUUGCAGACCUACUUCGUAGAUGGCGAACACCGAUGCACCUGGACGUUCAACCCACAAUAAGCAUUGCCAAGGUUGUGCUGGAUGAGAAAGUGAAAUUCAUCCGAUGGCAAACACACGACGAGUGGGUAGCAAAGGACACAUUGAAGGAUCCACGCCUCCGUUCCGGGAUGAGUCCUGCCCCGUCCGCCAAAGAAGAGAUCCCCCAUCGAGCCAGAGUUCAAGUAUGGGAUCUAGACAACCAAGUUUGUCUAGCCACGUCGUCUGCUAAAGGCGGUCCACAAGCCGGAGAGUUGCAAGCAUGUGCCUAUUCCCCCUUCACGCGCUCCGUCUUGCUUAUAUCCGACGAAAUAUCGCUUGUUGAGCUUAUGAAAAACGAGUCGGUUGCAGACGAGCAGCGGCGGGCAGCGCACCAGUCCUGGGAUUGCCACGGCGGGUGCCGAUUCGGCAGAGAUUUAACAUCUCGCCAAAAUACGCUUGUAGGACUGGAUCAACAUGAGGCACACGGGAGUGGAGCUGUCACCUGCAUGUGCUUCGACCUGACUGAUCGACGGCUCAUAACUGGCGGGCAAGAUGGCUACGUGCGUAUUUGGAAUCACCACACAGGAGCUUGCAUCCAAGAGCUCAGACCAGAUUCAAAACACGAAGAGGAGUUUUCCGUGUCCGCAGUAGGGUGCAUAAACAUAGGAACAGUAAGGUACAUUGUAUCCGUUGGUUGGGGUCAAAAAAUCAUGCUUUACCAAGAUAAUAUCGAGGCUGCUCAGUUGGAGGCUGCGAGUAGCCUUCUCAAGUACCCACUUUCUCUGUGGUGUCACGACAACGCCACGAUAGGGCAUCAAGAAGACAUCGCGUCACCGUUCGAGAACGUAUCACCGACAGUAGUAGCUUGUGGACAGUCGAUUGAAGGGCGAGACGUGAUUGAUUCCCAUCUAUUUGCUGGCGACGAAUUGGGAUGGAUUUAUGUUUGGAAUAUUGAAACCUACUGUCUCUCCGGACCCGAACCGGCACAACCACGAAAACUGUAUAAGUGGAGGACCCAUGUCAGCUCUGUUGUUAGCCUAGAGGUUGUUAGUUCAACACGAACGUUAAUCACAGCAUCGGUGGAUUGCUGCGUCAGGUUGUGGACAUGGCAGGGUUCCUUCGUUGGGACAUUCGGUCAACCAAGUUUAUGGAACAUGAUCGACUUGACUACUUUUCAACACUCUAUGGGGCCAUUCGAUGUGCUUGUCGAUUCCGAGACUGUUGCCUUACCCGAGAUUCAAGAAAUGAUUAAAGAUGUCAAAGUAGAAGAAAUCGAUCCCGAAGCCUCUAGAAAACCAAUGUUUGAUAUGAUUGACGAACGUUCAACCAACCUUUUCGGCGACCAUUCUUCUCUUGGAGGGGAAAUUAAAGAUCAAAUUAGGACAAUUUUAAGUGAACCAGAGAGACUACUUCACGGCGUUGAAAAUCAGUGGUGUGACAGGCAACUGCCCACAUCCAAAAAACCUGAGGGACAUGGUAGGUACUUCCACAGACUUGCUCUCUAUCAACUCAACGAGGAGAUUGCAAUUAAGAAACCGGUCAGCUAUACCGAUCAGAGUCAAAUGAUGGAAGAUGUUUAUGCAGCCCACCUCGAUGAACCUCUGCCUUCUGCAACAAUCUCAUUCGAAGAACGAAUUCGAAACCUGACCUAG